AUGGCGACGAUUAUUCGCGCGUGUCUCAAAGAAGAGCUUUGCCAACUCACCGCCGAUGCCGAUGCCGUCGAUGGGAUUCUCGAUUCGUAUAUUACGACGGACCACGUGUGGAACGACGAUACCGACGAAAUAUUUCGACGCAACGUGUUGGUGCCGCUGAAAAAAUUGCGAGUGGCGCUGAUUGUCGUCGAUUUCCAAAACGAUUUCAUCACCGGCUCAUUGAGCAUCAAGGAAGGCGACGCCGAGCAUGAGCCGCUUGACGCUCUACCGCAUGUGAACAAUUUGUUGACAAACUUGAAAUGGAAUAUGAUUGUGUAUACACAGGAUUGGCAUCCAUCGAACCACAUCUCAUUUUUCGAGCACGCUCGAAAUCCGGAUCGCGAGUUGGCUCCAGAAGACCGAAGCCGCAAACUUCGGCCGUUCGAUAUUGUGCGCUUCGUCAAGCCGGUGUCGACGAUUCAAGUAUUAUAUCCAAGUCAUUGCAUUCAAGGCGGAUGGGGGUCACAGUUGCACGCGCAAUUGGCGCGUGUCGACGGCGCGCAAUACAUCAAAAAAGGCUACGACGUCUACGUGGACGCCUAUAGCGCAUUCACAGACAAUUGCGGAAUCAAGCAUAGCGAAUUGGAGAUGACGCUUCGCAAAAACGACAUCAACGCAAUAAUCGCGUGCGGUUUAGCCUAUGAUAUUUGCGUAAUGCAUACGCUCAAAGACGCCUCCAAAAAGGGCUUUCUAACGUGCAUUUUGAGCACUGGAAGCAAAGGAUUGUCAUCAUCAAAAAUGGAUGAAGCGAACGAGAUGUUCCGCAAAAGGGGCAUCGCGAUUGUUGAAGACGACAUGGCCGAAUGCAUAUCAAAGCGCACCGCGUUUCCCAUUGAAUGGAUUCAAUAUCUCGCGCAGCAGGCUCAUCACGAGCUUCACACGAAAAAAUCGCAAUAA